UAUUGUAUAAAGAACCAGUUUAUAUUUUGAAAAAUUAAUAUUAUAUAUGUGUGUAAAAUAUAAUUUGGAAAAUGUUUAGUUUCUGUUGUUAAAUCAUUACGUUUAUCUACCCAUCAUAAUACUUUUAUAGUACUGCAUUUAUUGUUUAUUUAUGCAUGUAUUUACACAUUUAAAUCUAUUUUUAUUUGUUUUAGUUGUUUUGGUCUAACCUUCUUUCAUUUAGUCUAAUUUAAUAAUAAUAUAAAAUAUUAUUUUAAUAAUAAUAUAAAAGAAUAAUAUACAGUACAGUAAAAAUUAUUAUUUUUUAAAUAGGCCUACAAGAAAAAAUUGUAUGCAAGAGGAAAAUGGUGCUUAAUAAAGUAGCGUAAUAAAGCAUUGAGAAUGUUAAUUUAGCCUAAGCAAACCGGUUUGCUCGAACAAUUUUAUUUAAUAAAUGGUUCACUCAAAUGUGUUUAUAUUUUGAAAAAUGUAUAUUAUAAAUGUGUGUAAAAUAUUAUUUGGAAAAUAUUGCGUUUCUGUUAUUGCGUUAUUAUGGUUUUCUACCAUGUUAUAGAACUGGAUUUAUUAUUUAUUUAUGCAAGUAUUUACUUAUUUAAAUCUAGUUUUUAUUUAGAUCUAUUUGUUUUGAUCUAACCUUCUUUCACACUAAACAUUAACACUUCUUGUGGCACCUAAAAUCCCUGCGUAAGUGACUGAAUUCGUUAUAACAUAUUAUGCUCACCAUUUAUACCAUAUUAAGAGUGAAAUAUCGGCAGAAAUAGUAAAAGCAGUAUGCCAUUUCGAAGAAUUAUAGAAGAUUCGUUCAAACGAACCGAUUCGUUCGCGAAUGAAUCACCGCUAUUGCUCAUGUCCAAAAUAAGCUCCCAGGCCUUACGUCACAAACCAGACCCACAACACAUAAUAACACGUGUAGACAAGCCGGGGUGUUGUUUCUGUCCGCUUCCAAAACACACGGUUGCUAUAGCGGGUUGAGUCAGGCAGGGCUUCAGUUCCUUCAACAGAGACUGAAUGAAUAGCCUACUUCCGACUCGUAUAAUACCGCCACUGCGUUUUUUGAUUCGCGGAGAUGAGUUUUGUAUUUACACUGAGAGCUUAAGAUGUGUUUACCCUGCAGGUGCGAAGAUGAAGCGAACAUGAUCAGUGCCGAUGGCCCCUCCACCAAGUGCGAGGAGCCCCGAGGCGCGGGGAGCAGGAGGAGGGAGUCGCCAGAAAUGCUGCACCUCAUGUUCGCUGUGUCCGUGUGGCUGGUGACAGGCACCACCAUAUCCAGCCUCAACAAAUGGAUAUUCGCCGUGUACAAUUUCAGAUACCCGCUGCUUCUGUCAGCCCUCCACAUGCUGACGGCGAUCGUGGUGGACUACGGACUGAUCAAGUUAAGGGUGAUCCGGCAUAAAGGCGUCGGCGAGCAGGAUUUGACCACCAGCGCCAAAUGCAAAGUGUUCCUGCUGAGUUUGACAUUCUGUGCCAGUAUCGCGUUUGGCAACUUGGGACUCAAUUAUGUGCAGCUGUCGUUCGCGCAGAUGAUCUACACCACAACGCCGCUGUUCACGCUGGCCAUCUCCACGCUGAUCCUCGGAAAGCAGCACCACAUCCUGAAGUACACUGCGAUGAUGCCCAUCUGCCUCGGGGCGUCCUUCAGCAUAAUGGGCGAGGUCCAGUUCGACCAGACCGGCUGCCUGUUUGUGUUUGCCGCCACAAUGUUAAGAGGCGUAAAAACCAUUCAACAAAGCAUCUUGCUCCAGGAGGAGAAGAUCAACUCUGUCUUCCUACUGUAUCUGAUGUCCAUCCCCAGCUUCUGCAUCCUGGCCGUAGCCGCCCUGGUUCUGGAGAACUGGGCCGCACUGCAGUCCCCUUUCCAGUAUGACCACCACCUCUGGGGUUUCAUCUUGCUCAGCUGUCUGGGCUCAGUGCUUUACAACCUGGCCAGCUGCUGUGUCAUCACCCUGACCUCCGCUGUCACGCUGCACAUCCUGGGAAACCUGAACGUGGUGGGGAACCUGCUGCUCUCUCAGCUGCUGUUUGGGCACGAGCUGACGGCUCUUAGCUGUGCUGGAGCUGCGCUCACCCUCUCAGGCAUGAUCAUCUACCAGAACUCAGAGAUCAUCGUAGCUUACAUCGACGCACGGAGAGCCAGGACACCAGCCGGUGGCAGUGGAGAGGACGUGGUUUGUGUUAAGGAGAAUGAUUCAAGCAUAUCAAAGACUCCAGAACCUUGUUCAGAAGAAGAAUCAUCUGCAGAAGCAGCUCAAGAAGCUAACGAGAGGACAGAUAAUGAGGUUCAUGAGAAAAUAGACUGAAGAGACUUAAAGGCUGUGUUCCAAAACCUAGUGAGCUGCAGUGCUGCUGUCUAUAGCUAAACUCCUGACUUUUUUCUUGCAUGGAGUACAAGGAAAGUGAAAAGUGGUCAUGGCUCUCUUUGGUCCACAACCACUUUUAUUAGAUGGAAAAGAGAAGCUUGGGCCAGGUUAUUAUAGUUAACUAAAACAACAAAAAAAUGUGUUCAUUGAAAUAAAUAUUAACUAAAGUUAAAAAAAAAAGUUUUUAUUUUUUUUAUUUCAGGUAGUUGCCAAAACUGAAAUAUGUACUAAAAUGAAAAUUAAAAACAAAUAAAUAUAUAAUAAUUAAGUUAUAUUAAAAAAACAAAAACAACAAAAAAUUAUAAAAACACAACAAAAUUACAGCACGCCGAUAUAUAGCACGGUAUAUAGCUACGGGCGUUCCGAGUUCGAAUCCCGGCCCGAGGACCUUUCCUGAUCCCGCCUCCCCUCUCUCUCCCACUUCACUUCCUGUCUACAGUACUGAUAGGAAUCCUAAUAAUAGGCAAAAUCGCCAAAAAUAAAUCUUUAAAAAAAAAUGACAAUGGAAAAUAUAAAAAUAAAAACUUUAACAGAAAACAACCCCGCAUAACUUAUAACCAAUCUGGAAUGCUUUACAUAGGCAGUAAUUUUGUUUAUCAUACAAAUAGCACUCCUGUCACGAAGCGCACAAGAAACUCACCUCAAGUGAUUUUAAAGCCCAAAGUAUACUUUGCUUUUGACUUGAAUGCUUGAUUUUGUGUACAGCCGAACACAUAGCUUUUCAAAUUAUACUUUGACGUGCGACAUGUGGCCAAUACAAAAUUUUGUCCUUAUCCAGUGUCUGCAUUGUUUCGUUCCAAAUGUGAUAAAUAGCUUUGCUCAUGUUUAAACUAGAAUCUAAUGUAUCUAUUUCCCUUCACACAAGCACUUGUCAGCAUGGCCAUCUAUUGUUGUUGCCGUGUGUUUGUUGUUGUCUCUGUUUUCUCUAUUUUAAGGUUGUCAAUUAGUGCAUGUGCUUGUUGUCAAGACGCACAUGUGAGUUGAGCGUACAGAGCAUGCGCAAUUAGAAAAAUCUAUCUGCACACAUACAAACAAAAGUAUACUUUGGGCAUAGAGUUUAGCGUUAGCAUGUUGCUAAACUAACACUGUGGUACUCAAAAUACAAAGCACAACAAUACUGGAUAACAUAGUCUAUUUUUAAUUCAAUUGAACUCUUUUAUUGAUGCUUUUCAGUUUUGAAUGAAUUAAGUAUAUUAUUUACAUUCAAUGUUUGCGAUCUACGAUGCCUAAGAAGUGCAGUGUACAUAGACAGUUCACUAGGUUUUGGAACAGAAGACUGAGCAUCAUCCAGUGUUAGCUGGUUUAAUAUGGAGUCUGAUUAGAUACGAGGUGUCCUGGUUGGCGGUGAUAAUGAUGAUGAUAUUGGAGGUGUAGUUUUCCCCAGUACCUCCUCACUGUGCCAAUAUAUUUAAUUUCAGUCAUCCUUCCAAUGGAGAAGCACCAUCUACUAGAUCUCUGAGACUGACUGACUGAGUACAUGCCUUUUUUUAGCAGAUGCCGACGGCAACAGUUUGUUUGGAUUUUAUUACCUCUGUGUUUUGCCAACACACGCUUAUAAGUGCGUGAAAACUCCUGCAUGAGCAUCGGGAAGAUCUCCAAUAUCCUGCCAUAUUCAUUCUGUGACUGUGUGUCUAUCUAAUGCACUGUGAAAUACAACUGAUCCGUUUGCUCUGGUCCUCUUUAGCUGUUACUGGACUUGUCACUUUUUGAAUACUAGAGAUAGACACACAAAAACAUACAUAGGAAUAAUGUAUUUUUAGGUACUGUAAUCAGCCGUCUCGAUUUGGUGAUAUGGGACGGUACUAUUAAGGCAGCUUUCUGUAGGAUGCCAUGUUUAAACAAAUGUCCUGUGUUUGUUACAGCACUAUCACUUUUCAUCUUGGUUAUGUUUACAUAAUGGAGACGAGCAAGAUUACUGGCUCCUUACUUGGGUUCACUUUUAUUCAGCUUCGUGCACUAUUCAGAAAUUAGUUUUAUACCUCUCUGGUUUAGUACAAGCUAAUAUUCUUCCUCUUCUUAUCUCAUUACUGCAAUGCAUCUGAAUGUUUUGCAAUCUGACGUUUUUCACAUUGCAGUAAUGAGAACUAGGAAACUUUCUUUACAAGAUUGUAUUUAUUAAUUUUUUUAUGUAAGUAAAAUUUGACCGGGCAUGUUCCUGACAAGCUUGAGUGAGAUUAACCCAAAGUAACAGCUGAGAGCAUUUUUUAAUAUAAUGUUAUGAAAAGGCAGGCAGGUUUAAACUGGUGCCUCUUAUGUAAUUCCCAGGGCAUGUAAUUAUUAUUAGGUUUCUCUAAGGAGUCUCAAACAUCUUUAGCACACUAUAAUCUCUUAGGAGAAAUCAAAAUGAUAUUUUCUCUCCCAUUGUCCUCUUUAAAUCCUCCACUAAUGGUCUCCUUGCUCGUCUCCUCUGAAUAGAUGCUCAUCCUUUUUCAUUAGUUUCUUGAUUGUUUUUUUGUUUUGUUUUUUUUGUUUAAUUGACACCUGCUGGACAGUAUUAUUUUCCCUCCACUUCGAUUUGUGUGUUUUGAUGCUGUUACAAAAAAAAAAAAAAAAAAAACUGACACUAAAAGAGGUUAUAGACCAAGGUACACAUAGCAAGGUCAUUCCCUCAAAGAGUUUUGUUGCCAUCUGCUGGAUAGAAAAUGGAUUUGCAUUUAUUAUUAUGACUUUGUUUUUAACUGAAUUGAAGUGCAUUAGAUAGAAAUAUCAGGCAUUUUGCCUUUUUCCCAGCAUGUUGGGAAUUCAUAGCUGGGGUUUAGUACGACAUAACAACUCACUCAAACCAUUUUUGGGGUCUUAGAUUUGGCUAACUGGAAAUGAAUGAGGAUGUGAAUGUAUCAGUGUUGCAGUUUAGGCAGUCUUAUGGAGCCAUGAUAAAAGCCUACGCUGAAACAAGUGUGCCUACCAGAGGGCUGAUUUCAUAAGGAAACACCAGCCUUUCAAGCUUUAUUUAUUAAGGUCUCAACUGUCCAUUCAUGCUUCAGUGUUUGCACUCAUUACUUCACUUCUAGUGAGCAGCAUCAUAGGAAAGGCAUUGUACAAGAUCGAUUGAUUUAUUUGGUGUUAUCCAUUGUUAAGGGUGGUAUAUUUGAAAUUUACACGAGGGGGUGCUAACACUUCUAUUAAUCGGCUGUGCAGGCAUGGUUAAUGGCCUAUGGCCAUCAUUUCAAGAUGGCCCCAUUAAACAGCCUAGCUGAUACACAAGUCUGGUCCGGUCACAUUUAUUGUUGAUCAACAAAAUCCAGUUAUUUCAGCAGGAACUGAUUGGGAAAUUCUUCAUGCAAAUUCACCUCACUGACCAACAGAAGGUUGAUUUGUUUAAAGGUGACUUAAGGGUAAACUCUGCUUCGUACAUCGCUUUUUCGCUGAAAUUUUGCUAAAGUGACCGCACCUUAUCACUGAAUGCGAGUUACGCAACACUGCGUUUUCAUAUUGUAUAAUGUUCGUCCAGUAUCUCUGUACUACAAGCACAGUGGUUAACUGCAAUUAGUAUAAAAUGAUUAUCAACAGAAUAAAAGCUAAGUUUCUGACUUGUCAGAUAAAUACCUCAGAUGUUAUUGCUUAUUCCUGUGAUGACGUUUGUUGACAUUUUACUGGGUCACUAAUGUACUGGGUAAUGUUUUGAAUGCUGAGAUCUCUGAACAUAGAGUGACAGUCGUGGUACUGAUGGUUUUGAUGGGUCUUUUAUUGGUUGCAGCGCAAAAUUGCACUGACGAUUUGCAUAAAUGUAUGGCUCCUGUGUAUAUAUGGUUUCUGAUGUCAGCAAAAUAUCAGAUGUAAAUGCUUAUUUUAUUAUAUUUAUGUAUUUUACAAUCAUGUAAAGUUGUUAAUAUACUGGUACAAAAACCAAACAGUCUCAUGCCUUCUGCUGUCACAUCUCAGUAUAGUAGCAGUAUGCUAAAGCUUGUUAGGAAUAUGUUAGUAACAUGCUAGCAACAGCUAAAACAUGUUAACAACAUGUUAAAUCAUACUAGAAAUAUGUUAGCAAUGUGUUGAAAUGUUAGAAAUAUGUAAAAAAUGGUAAAACAUGUUAGAAAUAUGCUAAAACAUGCUAACAACAUCAUAAAUCAUACUAGAAACAUGUUAAUGUUACCAACAUGUUGAAAUGUUAAAAAUGUUCAAACAUGGUAACAGUGUGUUAAAGCCUGCUAGCAGCAUGUUAAAACAUUAGAAACACGUUAGCAACAAUAAAUACUACAUACUAGAAACAUGUUAAAACAUGUUAGCAUAUGUGUUGAAAUGUUAUAAAUGUUAAAACAUGCUAAAAAUGUUGAAACAUGGUAACAGUGUGUUAAAGCCUGCUAGUAGCAUGUUAAAACAUUAGAAAUAUGCUAAAACAUGCUAGCAACAUAAUAAAUCAUACUAGAAACAUGUUAAAACAUGUUAGCAAUGUGUUGAAAUGUUAGAAAUGUUAAAACAUGCUAAAAAUGUUGAAACAUGGUAGCAAUGUGUUAAAACCUGCUUGUAGCAUGUUUAAACAUUAGAAAUAUGCUAAACCAUGCUAGAAGCAUGCUAGCAACAUAAUAAAUCAUACUAGAAACAUGUUAAAACAUAUUAGCAAUGUGUUGAAAUGUUAAAACGUGCUAAAAAUGUUAAAACAUGCUAGCAGCAUAUUAAAACAUUAGAAAUAUGUUAAAACAUGUAAUGAAUGUGUUAAAACAUGCUAGAAACAUGCUAACAACCUAAUAAAUCAUACUCUAAACAUGUUAGCAAUGUGUUAAAAUAUGCUAGCAUGAUAGUGGUCAAGUAUAGUCUGAGAUUUUGUUUUCCUGUUUAAAAAAUAAAUAAAUAAAAAUACUGUGAUAAACCUAAAAUGGAACU